AGUUUUCUUACUGACAACGGAUCUGAUCAUACUCACCAUGAAAAGGGGAUAUCUAUGUAUGAUAUAUUGAUGUUCACUAGCUAGUCGAAAGACUUUCUUGGUCUUCAUAGACAUGAUUUCUUUUCAUUCUUGUCUACUCAAGUGAUAUAUUUUUUUGUUUGAAGAAGAAGAGAUAGAAAGAUCUUGGUCUUCUAUCUUCGGUUCAGAACAUCAUUCUUGUCCACUCAAAUAAAACCUCACAAAUUACGCAAUUAACCAAACCAAAUACGACGAGUAUGCGAGGACGCAGUUUCCUACUAGCAACUUUUGCUCGUCAACCCUGAUUGUUGGCUCUUCAUCGCGAGCCACUGGUCGGAUGCUGACAACGAAAACGAAUGGCGACUUACCUUUUUUCCAGGACCACAAAUGUUGUAAACGAGCCCCGCUACUUAUGUUAGCUAGAUGAAGAUCACAAUUAGAACUAAACUAACGCGUUUGAAGUUUCUACACGCAGGCGAAAAAUGACGCGCCCACUCCCACAAGUAUCUACGAGAACCGGAAUAACGGCGAGUAUCACCAAACACCAGUAUGAUGAACAUGCGCACCACGAGCAUCAUCAUGACGAGCAGAACGGCCACGGAGAGCAUCGUCUAUUUCUUAUGAAAGACUGUCCCUGUCGCUGUAAGAAGGUAGUAAGCUUAAUCGCUAAAGUCAAUCUGCAAUCGAGGAAGAUACUUGAAAAUAAAAUAGAUGACAUUUACCUCGAUGAUCUUCCGCCCUCCCUCACGCUAUUCCUCUCACUCUUUCUCACGCUAUUCCUCUAACUCACAUAUGGGCGGAGAAGCGCUUGCACAUGCGCAGAGAAGAAUGCCCCUUCGAUGGCGAUCCUCUUCCUACGUGAACCAAGCAAUCAAUCGUCUUGCUUCGAUCUACGGCAUCAACGCUCGUCGGGCCGUGGGUAUUUUGUCGCGUGUCACUGAGGAGCCCUUCCUUGACGACAGCAUACGAUCGGACGCUAGACACCGAAGGCUUCUACUAACGGGAAAAAGGCUGGGAGUUUAG